AUGCUGAAAGACACACAGAAGUUGGCGGGGUAUGCAUUGAAUCAGGCGGUCAAGCUCAUGGAGUCAGAUACUCAAGUUUCUACCAUUGACAUGAACCUCCUAGUCAACCUCAACACCAAUCAGUCACUCAACUACAUCAAACUUGAGCAGGACCUCAAUGAGAUCGAGGAGAGCACGAAGAAGUCACAGGCGCUUCAGGAGGAGUUCGAGCUGCUUCGGCUUGACUUGAACCACAUAGAGAGGCAAGUCGAUGUGAUGGCCGAGAUUAUCAAGGAGCUCGAUGGCUGGACCAAGGAGCUAGAAAAGAAUGGAAAAUAA